UACUUAAGAACAACAUUAGUUUCAGUUCAAGUAGUGAACUCAACAAUGAGGAUAUAUUUUGCAGCUACUGUGUUGUGGCUAUACUUGAUGGUUACCAGGAGUAAUGGAGCACCCCUCAACACUACCUGCAACAGAGCAACAGUGGACCACACAGCCUAUGUUGGAGGUUCUGUUUCCAUCACCUGCAAUUACUCACAAGCAGAUAAAAGCAGCACCAGAAACUUCUGCAGACAUGAUGGAAACUUCAGCUGCACAAAUAUAAUUUCAGCGCAGCAUGCAAAUAACACAAAACUGUCAAGGUUUACCCUCAGCGAUGAUAAACAGCGAGAGGUGUACACAGUGACGAUCUCCACACUGACUCGGGAGGAUUCAGGAAAAUAUCGGUGUGCCUUGAAAAAAGAGGAUUCCUUCACAUGUUUAGAAGAGAUCCUCCUUUAUGUUCUGAGUGAGUACUGAUCUGAAAUUGGUGUAAUCGGCGUGUUUAAGAU